AGGAGAAAUCCCUGUUUGAUGAGGGGAGGGAGAGAUGUGAUUGUUGGAGAGGAGAGUGAUCCUAAUCAGAGUUAAAGUCGGAGCGCAGAGCCAGGGAGCGCUUCUAAAACACGUGGGACCUGGAAGAAAAGUAAAAGUGUCUUCGGAGUAAAGUGACUCUGGACUGUUUGACUGUUUUCUCUCCUCCUCCUCCUCCCUGCAUUCCGCUGAGCAGCUGUGCUUUAAUGCGCACCAGAGAAGGAGAGGACGGAGAGAAGAGUGAGGAAGAAGAGGCAGGAGAAGAGUUGAGGAGGCCUGGACACCACCCGUCCUCCCUCUGCGGGACUCCGUCCACUCUCCCCUCCUGGCCCUGCAUGGACGGGGAUGGGGAGAGCCGGAUGCUGUUGCCGCGGGGCUGAGCGCCUCGCUUCACCGUCUGUGGUGCGCCGCUUCCGGCCGCUGCUGCUGCUUAUCACCGCUCUCUGCUGCGCUGCUCACAUAGGUGACUGCCAGCUGGCUACCUCCCAGUGUCGCAUCCAGAGGUGCACCACCGACUUCGUCUCGCUGACCUCCCACCUGACGCCCGUUGUGGAUGGCUUCCACAUUGAGUUUUGCAAAGCUCUGCGUGCGUACUCAGCCUGUACCCAGAGGACAGCUAAGGCCUGCCGGGGAGACCUGGUUUUCCACUCAGCCGUGCUUGGGAUCUCAGACCUCAUGAGUCAGAGAAACUGUUCCAGAGAUGGCCCGACCCCCUCUGCCCACCCAGAGGUCCACCUUGAACCCUGCAACUAUCACAGCCGCACCCAGCACACCCACACGCACUCCCACACCCACUCUCACAGCCACGGCCAUGGGCGCUCUCGGCCUGGGUACUUGUUCUGCGGGUUGUUUGGGGACCCUCACCUGAGAACAUUUAAGGACAGCUUCCAGACUUGCAAGGUGGAGGGGGCGUGGCCUCUUAUCGAUAAUGACUAUCUGUCAGUGCAGGUCACUAAUGUCCCUGUGGUUCCCGGCUCAAGUGCAACCGCCACCAACAAGAUCACCAUCAUCUUCAAGCCUUAUGAGGGUUGCACAGACCAGCGGGUCUACCAGGCUGUCACAGACAGCCUUCCAGCUGCCUUUGAUGAUGGGACAGUGAGCAGCGGAGACCCUAUCCACACCUUCUUCGGUGCUGGCGGUGCCUCCGGUAAAGUCCGGGCUCUGUGGAUCUCUGAACGGAGCCCUGGGCGCCACGUGGAACUGCAUGCUGGCUACAUCGGUGUGACAGUAAUCAUCCGCCAGGUGGGGCGCUACCUGACGCUGGCUGUGCGGAUCCCAGAAGAGCUGGCUCAGGCCUACGAUGAUACCCAGGACCUGCAGCUCUGCCUGAACGGCUGUCCCAGCAGCGAACGCAUCGACCACUCGGGACACCUCCCUCUGCCGCUUUCCCCCCCUGCACUGGGCCUACAGCGACAGCAGCUGCGCCGGCCUAGCUACUCCUCACACACGCACGCAUACCAAUUUGGAUCUUCACCUAUUUUUGGCAUGGAAGAGGCAAAGGAGCGCUGCAGCGAACAGCUGGAGGUCCUGGACAUCUACUUCCACUCUUGUGUAUUUGAUCUCCUGACCACUGGAGAUCCUAACUUCACACUGGCCGCACACAGUGCCCAGAAGGACAUGGAGAACCUUCAUCCACACCGGGAUAGAUGGAGGAUAUAUCCCCGUGGCUCUGCAGCCUCCUUCUUCUACUCUGACUCUCAGCUUAUCAAAAAGCUUGCUCUGCUCCUGCUGUGUACUCUAAGCAUUGUAUUCAUGUGAGAACGGCCCCCAAUGUCUGCCUGAAUGCAUGUAGGCCUGUAUAAGUGCACUACAAAAGGAGUUUACAGAGGAUUUGUUUAGCUGAGAAACGACACUGAGCACUGAUGCAGAGCGAAAAAAAACCCAGAAGAUCAGACAUUUAUUGGGAACUGGAAAUGUUUUAGGAUGCGGGGAGGUGGGCUGACCCUCCCCUGUGUGAACAGGAAGGCCUGCCAGCACUGACUGCAUCUUACCUGGCAUGGUCAGAAUCAUCAAAUGCAACUGACAAUGAGAGCAUCUCCAUGUGGGUGAAUCAUCUGUAAAUAGUUAUCUAGUUUCUUAAGUGCACAGCGUGAUAGUAUAAAUAUUGUUUUCUUUAUGUGAUUUUAUGUGAUUUUUUUUUCCAAAUACCUCAAACAGAGGAAUUUUGUUUUUUUUAAGAAAAGCACUUUAUUUUAACUUUUUUUUUACACAAUGCCAGUCAGUGUUUCUGCUCCUUUUUUUCACUAAACCAAUAAUUAUUCAAGUAUUUGUCCUGUUUUUUUUUUAGCUUUGAUGCUAAAAUGAACCAUUUUUCCAGCAGCUGAUCUGCGUGAGCAUUUAUUUUAAGGACAAUUAAUGUGAGCUUUUCUGUUGAAUGUAUUGGGUCUGUUGUCGCUGCAAAUACCAUCAGUACUACUCUGUUGUUAUUGGAUUCUACUUCUGUCUGUGUGUUUUCAGGGGUUUUCAAUAUUUUUGAAAAACAAAUGAAUGUUUGCUUUAUUUUAUGUGAUUUACAUCAGAACUAUUUUAUUGUUUUUGCCAACAUUUAAUGAUCAUAGUGAUUUGUUUUCACUGCUUUGCUUACAUAUAGCUGGUAGUUUCCUGAAUGCAAGAGCUUGCUUUUAGGACUUUUCUUGGUACCGGUACUUACCAAGCACUUUCCCCAAAACCUUAAAAGAUACUUUCUGGAAUUUACAAAUUAUUUCCCUGUCAUUUUAAUUCAAAUUACUGAUUACAUCUGGGAAUAUUCUUUGAGCUUUCAUUAAACCUACUGGUGAUUUAUCAAGAUUUUACCAAGUACCUUCAUUGAACUUAAGGCUCAUUUUCUAAAACUUACCACACACUCUCCUGUACCUUCCAUAGAAAUAAGCACUUUCCUAGAAGCUGCUCUGAGGUACAGCUCUAUAUUAUGAGGAAACUUUGCUCUUGAUAAACUUGACAGAAGUUCCAGGAGAGUACCUGGCAAUUUCCAGAAAGCAAGCUCUAAGAUUCAGCGGAGUACCUGGUAGAUCCCUGAAAAAUAGUAAAAGUUCUAAUAAUGCAUCUUGUUUGUGCCAAAAUCUGACCUUAAAGUCAAAAGAAAGUACAGACUAUGUUAUGCUGUGCUACCUUUUUUUUGGUUUGAUUUUAACCAAAGACAAAUGGCAUGUUCAGUGUACUCCCCACCAAACCAGCACCUUCAUUCUGUCUCUUUUUAAACCUUGCUACUUUAAACCAGCUUAAUUUUUGGCCCGGUGUUUCAUACUGAGAUAAAAGUGAAAUAUUGGAGGUUAAAAAGUAUCUUAUUGAAAUGUGUCAGCAUAAGCACUGUGAUGUGGGAAUCAAUGCCUUGUAGAAAUUUCUACCCUAUGGAACAUGUACCAUUCUGUAUAUUUAUUCCCAGUUGGUUCGAUCUGCUUAAGUUUUAGCUAUUGUGUGAUCUUCUUUCAUCAUGUGAGUGUCGGUUUGGUGAAGAGUGACUGGUUAGUGAUGAAAUACCUUAACUUAUUUAUGAACGUAGUGUCCUUUAGGGGAAGUUAAGCUUCAUAUUCUUGUUGUUGGAUAAUUAUUUAAAUAAAAACGUCAGAUGUGAUUGUGCUGCCACCUAGUGGUGCUCCCUUGCUAUGUUACUGUGUUACUAAAAGCGCUCAAAAGACUAAAAAAAAAACAAGAAU